CUCAACAUCCAUCGCCCUCUCUGCAGUUCCUUCCCUGCAUAAGCAUUAACAAGCUCUCUUCACAAUACCAAAUAUGGAGAGUUUAGCAGGCAGAAACUUGGCAGCAAUGGCGAUCUCAAUUCACCCAACCAAGAGGUGUUGGAGGAAGAUGAACCAAGUAGGCUUGUUUGGAAAUGCCCAUGCCCAUGGAUCAACCUCAUUCCUUGUCCGCUGCGACGGCUGUGUGGCGGUGCCGGUGAGAGAGGAUUUUGCGGACGAGGAGGACUACGUAAAGGCGGGAGGGUCGGAGCUGUUGUUCGUGCAAAUGCAGCAGAACAAGAGCAUGGAUCACCAGUCUAAGCUUGCUGAUAAGUUGUCAAGAAUACAGACUGGAGGAGAUAAUAAUGUACUGGAUUUGGUGGUAAUCGGUUGCGGACCAGCAGGGCUAGCUCUUGCUGCUGAGUCGGCUAAAUUAGGUCUCAACGUUGGGCUUAUAGGUCCUGAUCUACCAUUUACAAAUAACUAUGGUGUUUGGGAAGAUGAGUUCAAAGAUCUAGGACUUGAAUGUUGCAUUGAGCAUGUCUGGAGGGAUACUAUUGUGUAUCUAGACGACAACCCUAUUUAUAUUGGUCGCGCAUAUGGACGCGUUAGCCGCCUUUUGCUCCACGAGGAAUUAUUGAAAAGGUGUGUCGAGUCAGGUGUAUCAUAUCUUAACACAAAAGUGGAAAGGAUUAUUGAAGCUUCAGGCGGCCAUAGACUUGUAGAAUGUGAAGGAAACAUUGUGAUUCCCUGCAGGCUUGCUACUGUAGCAUCCGGUGCAGCCUCAGGCAAACUCCUGGAGUAUGAGGUUGGGGGUCCAAGGGUUUCCGUCCAGACAGCCUAUGGCAUCGAGGUUGAGGUGGAAAACAAUCCAUAUGAUCCCAGCCUGAUGGUUUUUAUGGAUUACAGAGACUACUGGAAACAUAAAGUUGAUUACUUAGAAGCACAAUAUCCAACAUUUCUUUAUGCCAUGCCUAUGUCUCCUACAAGAGUAUUCUUUGAGGAGACAUGCUUAGCUUCAAAAGAUGCAAUGCCAUUUGAUCUAUUGAAAAAUAAACUAAUGUCAAGACUGGAGACUAUGGGAAUCCGUAUUCUACAAACUUACGAGGAGGAGUGGUCUUAUAUUCCAGUUGGUGGUUCACUGCCGAACACUGAACAGAGGAACCUCGCCUUCGGUGCAGCUGCUAGCAUGGUACAUCCAGCCACAGGCUACUCAGUUGUUAGAUCCUUGUCAGAGGCUCCACAAUAUGCAUCUGUUAUUGCAAAUAUUUUGAGACAAGACCAUGUUAAAAACAUGUUCGCGAGCUCAAGAAUUUCAGAGAAUAUCUCAAUGCAAGCGUGGAAUGCCCUUUGGCCGCAGGAGAGGAAAAGACAACGAGCAUUUUUUCUGUUUGGAUUAGCCCUGAUACUGCAACUGGAUAUUGAGGGCAUAAGGACCUUCUUCCACUCAUUUUUCCGUUUGCCGAAAUGGAUGUCACAGGGGUUCCUCGGCUCGACUUUGUCGUCAGGAGACCUCCUCUUGUUUGCACUAUACAUGUUUGUGAUAGCACCCAAUGACAUGAGAAAGAGCUUAAUCAAUCAUCUCAUAUCUGAUCCUACUGGUGGAAUUAUGGUAAAAACUUAUCUUACACUAUAGAUAAUACACCAGAUUGCACUUGUCUGUCUUCUAAAUUCUAAUGUACAUAAACUUUUGUACUACUAUCUUCUAGUAAUAAUAUAUACUGUAAUUAAAAUUAA